AUGAGUUAUAAUGAAGAUUAUAAUCCAUUUGCUGACUCGGCAAUUCGACAAGCAACAGCAUCUUCAUUUGCGAAUCAACCAGCAGUCAAUGAAUAUAAUCCAUUUGCAAAAACAACUACAACACCUCAACCUGUUUCACCUCCACAACAACCAAAUAUAGCUGCUGUCUUACCACCAACACAACCUGCAUCAUAUCAAACACCAUUUUAUGCACCAGCACAAACACCUAAUCCUGUUCAACAAUCAACAGAAACCUAUCGUACUGAUACAAAACAAGCACCAACACGUGUUGAUCUUAGUCAAUAUGAACGACAACAAACUGAACUUGAACAACGUGAAAAACGACUUGCAGAACGUGAACGUGCAUUAACAGAUCCAACAAAGAUUCAAAAACGUGAGAAAAAUUUUCCACCAUUACCAAAAUUUUGUCCAUGUGGACCAUGUUUUUAUCAAGAUAUAAGUAUUGAAAUUCCGAGUGAAUUUCAAAUUUGGGUUCGAUAUCUUUACUAUUUAUGGUUACUUUAUUCGGCUACAUUGUUUUUAAAUAUGAUUGCUGCAUUAUCUUAUUUUGUGGUUGAUAAGAAUGGUGCAACAACAUUUGGUUUAUCACUUGUCUAUCUCUUUCUUUUUGUACCGGGAUCGUAUAUUUGUUGGUUUCGACCAAUUUAUCGAGCAUUCAGCGGUUUUGCUCGUCUUGGUAUAAUGUCAACAAAUAAAGUUGUUGGCACUAUGAUGAUCAUUCUUGGUUCUUUAUGGUCAAUAGUAUCCGUAAUAGCUAUUCUUCUUACCAUAAGGGUUCAUCGAUUAUAUAGACAAUCAGGCGCUAGUCUUGAACAAGCUCAACGUGAAUUUCAAUCAGCUUUUGUGAACAAUCCAACUGUUCGUGGAGCAGCUCGUGAAGUAGCAACAGCCGGUAUCAAUGAUGCAAUGAGCACUAAUAACAAUCAACAACGGCCAAUUUAUUAA